UUGGGGAAGUGGACUAAAAAACUGAUGAGCCGGAAAUGUCUCAACGGCAUAAAGUUAAAUCAAUGGAUCCAGGAAAGCUUGCUUUUGUUCAGAAGUAUUUAGAAGAUGUCCAAGACACUCGUAGCGUGACGACAGAGGCAAGUGACAGUGGCUUGGCAACACACACUGCAGCAUCUGAACUUGGAACUCAAGAAAUAAGCGAGAGCAGUAAACUUUGCUUGAAAGAUCUGAGCGAUGAUGUCACCAGCAAAUUGACGGAAAUGCUACAAGCUGACGAGGCUGCGUUGGAAAAGUUCUAUCAAUUUUUUGGGCUCAAAAUGGAAGGCCGGUUUCCUCUACAAGAACUUAAACAAAUGUUCCCCGAUACUGCUGUCAGCGUGUUGAAAGAGUGUUUUGAAGCCUUACGGUUGUACGACCUCGUUGAGGUUAUGGAAAAAGUGAAACCACGUUCCCUUCGUCCUGCAGUUUCCCCAGAACAAAUAGAAAAAUUAUGGAGAUCAGAUGAUCGGCCCACAAAGUAUCACAGUGAUGUGGCAGUCUUGAUUGUCAAUCACACUGUCGAAGAGGACAUUGUUGAAAGAGAAGAAGCGGAAAAGAUGGAAACAUUUUUUAAAGAUCUAGAUUCGCGGAACGAAGUUACGAUAAUAUCAUCGGCUAGUUCACAAGAGACCCGUGAGUUUCUGAGGAAGAUAAAUGAGAGAAACAGCGGAAUGAGCUACUAUUUCGAGGAGGACAUAUAUAAAAAGGACCUCAAGAGUAUACUUCAACGGAUGGAGCGUUUAGAGAAGAAAUUGGAAGAAGUAAUGCAGAUGGAGAAAGGGCAUGAACAAAGACACAUUGUCCUGGAACUGCAAUGGCAACUGAGUCAGCUUAAAGAGAAAGAAUUACGGUACAGAGGUAGGCUGGAAAACAUUGAGAGAGAGAGAGAGCAGGCAAAGAGGGACUACGAACAGAUAGAGAAAAAGAGUAGGAAACCUAUACCAACGGCUAUGGACGAAUGGAUUCACAGUCAAGAGAAAUUCACCUGUGUUGCGGUAUUUAUAAUCAGUCAUGACGAGUUAUACAGUGAAGCAGUGCUGCAGGAACGUGUUGUUGAGAAGUUGGCAUUAAUUCCAGAUCAUGCCAAACUCGUGUUUAGCCCUUACGGCAAAAGCGGCUGCCUUUGUGUCAUCUGUUGGAAAUAA